ACCGCCUGAUGCCUACUUCCGUGCCUCUGGGGGUUGAAGUUUCCGAGGGAGGACUCGUGAAGGGCAUCAAGACCAUUGCAGAAAGACUUCCUUCGCGUUUCCGGACAACUCUUCGGCUUAAGGUAUCAAAUAAUGUCAUCUGAAAUGAUGCCAGCAUUUAUUGAGACCUCUAAUGUUGAAAGAAAGCAAGAUUUAAGUGAAGAUCAAGAGGAGAGCCAGAAGCCAAGAUUUGGUGAAGAGUUUGAACCAAUAUCUAAACGACAAAUGAAGAAGCUAAUGAAACAGAAACAAUGGGAAGAGCAACGAGAACUCCGCAAACAAAAGCGGAAGGAAAAACGCAAGAGAAAACAGUUAGAGCGACAGUGUCAACUGGAAUCAAGCUCAGAUGGAAAUGAUAGAAAACGUGUUCGAAGAGCUGUUGUUCACAGCACACUUCGUCUUAUCAUUGACUGUAGUUUUGACAGCUUGAUGAUAUUAAAGGACAUUAAGAAACUUCAUAAGCAGAUUCAGCGAUGUUAUGCAGAAAAUCGACGAGCACUGCAUCCUGUGCAGUUUUACUUGACGAGCCAUGGAGGCCAGUUGAAAAAGAACAUGGAUGAAAAUGACAAAGGAUGGGUCAACUGGAAGGAUAUCCACAUUAAACCAGAGCACUAUAGUGAAUUUAUGAAGAAAGAAGACCUGAUAUAUCUUACAUCAGAUUCCCCUAAUGUACUGAAGGAAUUAGAUGAAUCAAAGGCUUAUGUGAUUGGAGGAUUAGUAGAUCACAACCAUCACAAGGGACUCACAUAUAAACAAGCAUCAGAUCAUGGAAUUGACCAUGCACAGCUCCCCCUUGGAAAUUUUGUGAAGAUGAAUAGUAGAAAAGUUUUGGCAGUUAAUCAUGUGUUUGAGAUUAUUCUGGAAUACCUGGAAACAAGAGACUGGCAAGAAGCAUUUUUCACUAUCCUACCCCAAAGGAAAGGAGCUGUUCCCACAGACAAAGUGUGUGAAAAUUCUUCGCAUGACCUGAAGUCUACCAGGGUUGAAGGUGGAUUGGACAGUGAUUCCAGUGAGGAAGAAACUAGCAGAAAUGAACUAGAUUCUCCACAUGUAAAAGAAAAGCAGGAUAAAGAAAAUAGCACUGAAUCUAUAGUGAACUCAGUGAACUAUAGUGAACUGAAUCUAUAGUGAACUCAGUUGACAAAGUAACAUCAACUGAGUUUUUGUUUGUUUUCUUCUUUUUUUAAAGGAAAAAUCAGGAGAAAAUGAGGUGCUCCAUAGAAUACUCGAAUUGGAAAAAAAUUUCAUUUUCUCUUGUUGAAUUUUUAAAACUUUCAGAGCUGAUAAAAAGUUCUUGUAAAAAAGCACUUUUUCGUUUUUGCGUAAGAUUUACAUGUGUAAUUUGAAAUACUAGUUUUCUAAGCCUCAAAUAAGAGUUUUUGAGGAUUUUACUUUAAUAGUAAACCUUCAUUCUCUUAUUUACUGGGUUGUAAUCUUCAGAAUGUGCCUUCUGACCCAUUACUUUUAUUAUUUAAUGUUUAUGUCAAUGUCUUCCUGGUUUAUUUCCUACUUAUUUGUAGAGGCAGAUAUUCAUAAAUCUCCUGUAAGUAUACCAAAAUGUUCAGUAUGUGAGAUCCCCUUCUAUUUUCAGAAGACCCCCUUUCAUAUUCAAUAACUUCAAAGGGAUAUAGUGAUUUUAGGAAGAAGUAGCAGAUUGAUAAACUCAGCAGUUUAUUUAUUUGGGACUAUUGACCUGUCUCUCUGUUCCUCCUUUUGAUGCCUUUUUGUGAUUAUUCUAAAGCAAUCACUGACGGGUUAUACUCUUUAAAAUAUUUUCUUUUUUUAAAUAUAUAUUUUUAAAUUCGAAUCAUGGUGGUAAAUUAUUUCAAUUACAAAAUUUAAUUUUUUCAGGCUAGAUUAUUUUAAAAGGCUGUUGAAGAAUCGACAUAAUUUUGUCUUUACCUAAAAAGAAAUAGCUCUCAGAAGUUCUUUUUGUUCCAUAUAUACUUUUAUUUUUUUUAAAUCUGUUCAUUCUUAAAGUUAACUUUAUAUGUGCAUCUGCCUACUAUCAUAUGAGCAAGUUAAUGUAAAUGUUUAGUUCUGUAAAUAACAUAAGUGAAAAUAUGCAUAUACUAUAUAUAUCCAUAUCAUAUAUGAUUCUCAAUGAUACACAGGAUUGAGUUGUCGUAUGUGUGUAUCAUUUGUGUGAAUGGUUAUGUUCAACAACACUAAGGAAUUUGAAUUUCACAAAGUACAAAAUCAAAAAAUAUUUGUAUAAGGAUAUUGGUAAGGUAAUAUGGGGCUAAAUGAGACAUUUUAGUUUCCUACCAGUAACUGUAGAGCAGUAAUGUUUAAAGUAAGCGAUUGUCCUUUGUUACAAUAAUAGUAAGAUUUCAGAAACCUUCACUGAGUGGAUAAAAUGAAGUUUCUGUUCUUUUUACUCACUGCCAUCUUAAGUUAUAUACACAUUUAGUAGAAAGUUUAUUGGAUUUAGUGUUGAUGUUCUUUGCCUUUUUGUUGCUUUAUUCUUGGUAAUCUAUUAUAGUUAUCUAAAGUAAGGUCUGUGAGCAAGCUAUGUAAAUAAAAAGCCCCUGUAAUUCUAGAAGAACAAAGCUUAUGUCUUUAGUUGUAUUUUUCAAAGUUUCAGAUUUUCUAAGUAAAUAGGGUUUAAUUAUACCUUUUACUUAAAUUAUUCCAUAGGGAAUAGGCACAGUUUAGAUUCGAAAGGUGGGGGAAAUCAUUGUAGGUACUAUGAGUUUAAUUUUCCCUAAUUAUAAAAGCCCUAUAUUAGUUUCCGAGGACUACCCUAACAAAUAACCACAAAUUAGGUGGCUUAAAAGCAACAGAAAUUUAUCCUCUUACAGGUUUGGAGGUUAAAAGUCUAAAAUCAAGGUGUAAGGGUCACUGAGAUGAUAUAUAUAAAAGGCGAGAGUUGUCCACAGAGAAAGAACAUGUACAAACAUCAAUUUUAGGAAAGAAAAAAGAGUGUCAGGGAUUAGAAUUAAUGACGGCAGUGGCUUAUAGCUAAUGCUUAUUAAAAUUAUCUGUUAGCAUGGAGAUGUUUAUCUAUUUUCCUAACAUCUUGCCAGACACAGAGAAUAGGUACUUAAGAAAGGUGAAGAAAGGAACCAGUGGCAGAAUCAAAAAAUAAUGCUGUUGGUGGAAAGAAUGAAUACUCCUAAAUCUCAGCACUGCCACUUGUUAGGCGUGUGACUUUGGGCAACUUAUUCCAUUUUUGUGUGUCUCAGUGUCCUCAUUUGUAAAAUGGGAAUGUUAUCCCAUUUGUCCUCUUUCAGGGUUGAGCAAUCAAGAGGUUUGAAAUCUAGCAGCUAACUUGAUAAUACUGUCUUGUAUUGACAUUCCUUUAGUCCUUGCCUGAUUUGCCUUGCUUCUUUCUUACUUUUUGACAUUGCCUGACUGAAAAGUAGUAAUAUGUGUCGUUUCAGGCUCUACUUUUUGAGGAACCCAGGCUUAGAUAAGAUUUUUAAAAUACAUGCCCUGGCUGGUGUGGCUUAGUGCAUUGAGUGCCACCUUCAAACCAAAGGGUUGCCAAUUCGAUUCCUAGUCAGGGCAUGUGCCUGGGUUGCAGGCCAGGACCCCAGUAGGGGGCAUGCAAGAGGCAAGAACACACUGAUGUUUCUUUUCCUCUCUUUCUCCCACCCUUCUGCUCUCUCUAAAAAAUAAGUAAGUAAAAUCUUUUUUAAAAAUGGAAACUUUCUUAAUUACCGGAAUGAAUAAUCAUUAAAUAAGAUAUGGAAAUCACAGAUCAUUUAAUGAAACAUUUUAAAAAGCAGUAAAAACAGAAUGCUAACAUAAAACAAUAAGGUUACUCAGCAAUGUUGAAAUAAAAGAAUACAGAAAGGCAUAUUGGAAUUAAAAAAUAAGUUAUAAUUUUUAUGUUGGAAAAGGUUCAACACAUUACAGAAAAAGGCAUGUUGUAGUGUUCAAGAAGGCAGUCCUUAGUGAAGAUCUGACAGGAAUAUCUAUGCAUCAAGUGGCAUAGUAUUCAAAGUCAUUAAGAAAAGUCUUCAGGAAUGACAUGAAAUAAUAAGGAAUAAUUAGUACAAGGAAACUGAUUCAUGCUUUCUAACCCAUGGCAGCUCAAGUGCACAAAAGAUAAAUACAUGGGAGAUACAAAUGCUGUAAUUAAUAAGACAUAAUUGAUGAUAUAUCAAGUUAUAUAGGCUAAAAGUGGUUUUCCGGUGCUCAAGGAAUGUUCAUAAAUGAAAAUAAGUCCUAAAAGUAGAAAUAAUAUAAGCAACUUCUCUGAUGAUAAAGUAGAAAAUAAAUUCGUGGAACAGGAGAAAGCCUUACCACCUAGAACUUUGUAUUUAGUGUCAGAUGAUCUGUUGUAAAAAGCAGUGUUGAGAUAAAGUUGGUCAUGACAAUUUUACAUUUCUAAACUAGUUUCUCUGUUACUUCAAAAUAUAUGAAUAGAAAUAGAUAAAAUUACACAGACCACAGAGCUACAACAUCUACCAUAAUAGUUGGAAAAAUGUAGUACACCUACAUUAGGUAAGUAGAUAAGAUACAUAAGAUUUGAACAACACGG